AUGAAAUCUGCUGAAGAGGAUGCAUACAGCCACACCCCCAACGUCAGUCUCUCCCAGGGCAACCCCUGCAUGCCUUCCCAAUACCACAGUCUCCAGUCUGGCCCCACCAUCUCAGUGUCCAUCAGCCAGCCUCCCAGCUACGGCGCCCACAACAACAUGAGGACAGUGGGUUACUACUCCUCCCCUGGCAUCCGUCCAAAUGGGGCGCCAGCCCUCGAGAGCCCUCGUAUUGAGAUCACAGCCUACGGGCAGUUUCCUGAGGACAAGGUUGAAGAGAGCAACAACCUUACUGUGGCUAAACGGGUCAACUCCAUCGUGACCCUGACGUUGCCCAAUGCAGAUGGCUACCGUGACCCCAGCUGCCUCAGCCCGGCCAGCAGUGUGUCGUCACGCAGCUGUCACUCCGAGGCCUCGUCCUAUGAGUCGGGCUUCUCCUACAACUACGAAAACUCACCCCAGAACUCGCCCUGGCAGUCGCCCUGCGUCUCGCCCAGGGGCUCCUCCUCUCUCGCCCUUCCGGGUGAUGCUUGCGCCAAUGCGGGCUCCCCCCGGCACUCCCCCUCCACCUCCCCCGGCACCAGUGUCACGGACGACAGCUGGAUGGGCCAGCAGGGCUCCAGGCCCAACUCCCCUUGUGGUGGAAAGAGGAAAUACAGCUUCAACGGAACCACAACCUCCAAGUACCCCUACUCCCCUAACCACUCCCCCGGGCCGUCCCCUCACACCUCCCCACGCCUCAGCGUCACAGGUGAGUCCUGGAUGCCUAACAACACCAACCAGUACACCAACUCAGCCAUAGUUGCAGCCAUCAACGCUCUGACCACAGACGGUGUGGCAGACCUGGGGGAGGGCAUCCCUCUGAAGGCCCGGAAGACCAGCUUGGAGCCUGGGGCAGUCUGCCUGAAGGUAGAGCCUGGAGGAGAGGAGCUCAGCGCUGGGGAGCUCUGUCAGGAUGAGUACCCCUUCUCCCGCCUGCCCUUUAAGAAGGAGAACUACUGUGGGGGAUUCCUGGGUGUGCCACAGCACCCAUACUCAUGGUCUAAGCCAAAGCAAUAUGUCAGCCCAUCUCUACCAGCCCUUGACUGGCAGCUGCCAUCCAGCUCGGGGCCGUACAGCCUGCAGAUCGAGGUGCAGCCCAAAUCUCACCACCGUGCCCACUAUGAGACCGAAGGGAGCAGAGGGGCAGUCAAGGCUCUGGCAGGAGGACACCCUGUGGUGCAGCUCCAAGGCUACAUGGAGAGUGAGCCGCUGACCCUGCAGCUGUUCAUUGGUACGGCAGACGACCGUCUCCUGCGGCCCCAUGCCUUCUACCAGGUCCACCGCAUCACCGGCAAGACCGUCUCCACUCCCAGCCACGAGGUCCUGCAGUCCAACACCAAGGUGCUGGAGAUUCCACUCCUGCCCGAGAACAAAAUGCGCGCCAUAAUUGACUGCGCCGGCAUCCUGAAACUUCGCAACUCGGACAUCGAGCUGAGGAAGGGCGAGACGGACGUCGGGCGUAAGAACACACGUGUGAGGAUGGUGUUCCGGGUUCACAUCAACCAGCCCACAGGAAGGACAUUGUCCCUGCAGGCUGCAUCCAACCCCAUAGAGUGCUCCCAGAGAUCAGCCCAGGAGCUGCCCUUGGUGGAUAAGCAGACCUUGGAGACGUGCCCUGCUGCUGGAGGAGAGAGGAUGCUCCUCAGCGGACACAACUUCCAACACGACUCCAAGGUGGUGUUCAUGGAGAAAGCCCAAGAUGGCCAUCACCUAUGGGAGACAGAGGCCAAGGUUGACAAGGACUCCUCCAAGUCUACAUCUCUUCUCAUUGAAAUCCCUCCUUAUCGGAACCAGAGGAUAUCCAAUCCUGUUCAGGUGAACUUCUAUGUGUGCAAUGGCAAGAGGAAAAGGAGCCAGUACCAGCACUUCACCUACAUGUCUGCCAAUGUUCCAAUGAUAAAAACGGAGCCGAAUGACGACUACGACCCCCCUCAGGUGUGUCCCCAGCGUGGCCCUGGCCUGGCGCUUCAGCCCAAGCCCUACUACACCCCACAGGUCAUGACCUCCAUUAUACCCACAGAACUCCGGCCGUGUGUGGGGGGCACCUACUCCGCCUGCCAACGGAGACUGGGAGGGAAGCCUUCCUCACUGUCCUCCUCAUCCUCCCCCAGCACCAGUCCCAAACUGCAUGACCUGUCACCCACCACGCCCUUCUCCAAGUGCCUGUCAGCAGGCCCAUCCCAGUCUCCGAUCGCACAUGUCUCCAUCAUCCAGGAGAGUCCUGGAUGCUACCAGCCACAAUCUGUCCUCUACCCACCCAGUAGUGCCUCAUCCUCACCAGGCUCACAAACCUCCACCCCUGACACCAGCGGCCCGGAAGCCCCGUUCUCCCCCACCCACUGCCUAAUGCCGCCCCAGCCCAUCAGUGGCAGCUCCAGCCCAGUGACCCAACAGUUCUCCAAAGUGCCAGAGAGAGGCAGCCGCUCCUCGAGCCCCACGUUGGCCAUUAACAUCAAACAGGAGCCAGAGGAACUGGACCAGAUGUACCUAGAUGAUGGUGAGUUAUUAAUCAUAAACCUCUCCACAUUAUCCUAA